AAUGUGCGACUGCAGCAUCCUCACUCCCAUGGCUGCAUCCCCCGCGCCUCCCCACGGUUGCCUUAGCAACCUCCUAUCGAUGGGGUAUUUAUAGAGGAUGGGAAGCCGGAGGGGGGGCAUCGGGAAUGGGUGGGCGUCUGCUAGGUCAGCCUCCAGCUCCAGGCUUCUCUCGGCUUGCGUGGGGGCAGGAGGGAUGCUGCUCCCCUCGGCGUCAGCGUGUGCUCUGCUCCCGCUUUUCCUGCUCGCUGGAGCCAGGGGAGGUGGCCAGGAAUUUGCAUGUGGAAAUAAAAAUAAGCGGCUGGGACGUCUGCCCUUCUCACCGGCAUUGUUUGUGCUUGGAGGCUUGUGUGCAGCUCCCUGAUUGUGGCACUGACACAGAUACGUGGAACAAAGUAAAAGAGUGUAAAUGUAAUGAAACAGCAUUAAAUUUGUUGCCUGGUGUGUGAUGUGAGAAUAUCCUUCUUUCUGUGUCUUUGUUCUCCUGUCCAUCAGAGGGGGAGGAUGCCUGUAACAAGGAGGGUUUGUGUGGAAACUGUGGCAUGUGCUCUGGGCUGUGCUUUCUUUUAUUCCGGGGCUUUGGGUCCCUGUAAGAACUGAUGACAGCAGAAGUGGUCAGGUGGUCCCUGCCCAGAGCCUGUGGGGGAAUUCAUGGAUCCAGAGGUCUCUCACAUCCCCCAGAAGGGCUCAGAGAAGCAGGGUUGGGCUGUGGGUCACUGGAAGCAGAUCUCUCCCAUGUACUUCUGGUGCUGCUUUCCCUCACUGCUUCAACUCCAGCCUGAAGUUUGCAAUCUGAGCUUCCCACACUGUUGGGAAGAAGCUGCUUUCUCUCUCUGGACACAGCUCCAGGCUUGCAUGCCCUCUUGGCACUUGGAGGUGUAGGAGCCUUGGAAAGCACAGCAAACCUGAUGCGGGCAGGGAGAGGGGCUGCAUUUACUGGAAGGUGGCUGUUGUGGGGUGUGCUGGUGUGCAGCAUCUGCCCUUCUGUGUGCCUGCCUUUCGUGUGAAAGGAGAAGUGUGUUUCCAGCCCUGCUGACCCUGUGAGCAGCUCUGUGCUGUCCCUGACCUCACCCCAGCAGAGCAGAUCCAAGUGCUUUGGGAAUAACUGGAUGUCUAAAGUCCUGGGCCUGAGACCAGCGUGUGGUUUAGUUCCUGCUGUUUCCAACCAUGCUUGCUCCUUCAUCUGCAAUAAAUCCCUGCAGGAGCUGGGCAGUCCUGUCCCCUCUGACUCCUGACAGAGUUGUGGCUUUGCCACAGCAAGUGUCACACACAGCAAUAGCCAGCCCAGGGCACUCUGAUCCACGGGGCAUUGUGCACAGGGAGAAGACAAAGCAUGGAAAACAAGCAGAGAUCCUCUGCUUCUGCUGGGCUUCCUGUAACUUCUGUGGGGUUUUGUUUAGUUCAGUUUUGCUUUUGAAGCACAAAAAUUGCUUGUCCAGCUGGAGAGUUGUUGUCCUGGGUGUGCAGGCAGCUCUGUCACUCUGUUGCUGCCCUUAUCUUGGCCCAACAACCAGAUUGUGGGUAGGAGUUGCAGAAGUGAGAACAGGCACGUCUGUGAAGUUGCUCUAAAAUAAGAUGAUUGCUUCACCUGUAUCCAUCAAUCUCUUGUGGAAGGGAAGAGCACCAGGCUGCUCCCAGCAGUCUCUGACAUGCAGGUCUUCUUGUCUGCUGGUGAGACAUGGGGUCUAUCCUUCAUCCAGUUUUUCCCUUCCUACUUUGCUGGUCUGCAAGGGCCCUGCUUCUCCCUGGGAGCUGAGGGUGCCCUGAGCCCCUCCAGCCCCUCCAGGCAGGUGAGGAGCAGGGAGGCAGCUGGAAUCCUUGGCUCUCUGCAGGGGCACUGCUGGGCUGGAUCUGCCAUGGGUGCACUGCUCAGCACUAUGCUUUCUGCAUUAAUCUGAUCCUGGGUGAUGGAUCUUUGGGCUUUGAAACUGGUUGGAAAUGUAAGCUGUCAGUGACUCUCUGUUUUCUUUCCCUGCAGGUAGGCAGGAGCCCCCUUGGCCGAGUGAGGCAGCAUGGCAAUGUUCUUGGGGGCCAGGAAUGCCCACUCGCUGCUGAAACGCUUUCCCAGGGCCAAUGGCUUCCUGGAGGAGAUCCGGCAGGGCACCAUUGAGCGGGAGUGCAUCGAGGAGGUCUGCAGCUAUGAGGAGGUCAAGGAGGUGUUUGAGAACAAGGAGAAGACGAUGGAGUUCUGGAAAGGCUACACCAGCUCUGUGUACUCUGUCAAGGACCCCGGGCACAGCACGGAGCGCUCUGACGCUAUGUACGUGGUGGUGCCCCUCUUGGGAGUGGCUCUCCUCAUAGUCAUCGCCCUGUUCAUCAUCUGGAGGUGCCAGCUGCAGAAGGCNGGCAGGUGGCCUCCCUCCCCCGGGNGCCCGCCCGAGCAUUCCGUGUCCGUUCUCUCCAGACUGUCCAGCGCCACUCCCCCGCCCUCCUACGAAGAGGUGACGGGCCAGCCGGAGAGCAGCAGCAGCGGCGAGGAGACCAGCGUCUCCUACAACGAGCCUCCGCCCAAGUACGAGGAGAUCGUGGCCACGGCCCCCGCCGCGGGCAAAUAGCGGGUGUGCCUCCCUGCUGCCUCUUCACACUGUCACACUCACCCAGCCACCCUCCCUUCGCCGUGCCUGGCACCCCCUUCAGGUGUUCGUCAGGCCCCCAUCUCACCUGUACAAUCUGGUGCCAUCACACAAUAGCCUUACCCUCCUAACCAAAAAUGGCUGUCCCCAGGUGGGGUGAAGCAGGGCUGGCUGUGGGAUGGCUCUGGAGCCGUCUCCUGCCCCUCACUCCCCACUCACGUAAGUGCUGUAGCAGCCAGAGCAGAGCAGCAGCUUGUUCCUGGCUCAAUGUGGGGGUCUCCCCAUGGUGCAUUUGAUUUCCUCACUUCCCCCUCCAACAGACAUAACAUUUCCCAUUAUUAGAGCAGCCUUGCUGCCUCCCUGGGCUGCUGCUCAGCCUCACCCCUUGUUCUGGGCCCUGUUCUACUGCUCAGGACUCUGAUUAGGUGAUGGAGAUGCAGGAUUGGUGUGGCAAAUUUUUGUCCAUCCCUGCAGUUGGUGGGGCCAGCUCUGUGGGGAGAUGGUGAUUUCCCCAUGUGGAUUUGUUGCUGAGUGGGAGUGGGGAGCCCGGGCCACACUGUGGUACCUGUAGGGAUAUUUGCUGUGUGGAGAUCAGGGAGGAGCAGCUAGAAGGUGCUCUCUGAUCUCCUGGAUCUCUUUGGAAAGGGAGAAAGGGCUCGUGGUGGUCUUGUACUUGAGGUAAGUGACUUAGGAGUAGCAGGGCCUUUUCCUGAUGCUCUCUGCUCUCCCCCUGUGGGUGCUGAGCAGCUGGAGGUGUGGCUGCUGCGGAGCUGGCCAAGGGGGUCCUCUGACCCCGAGCCAACUGUGGUCUCAUGGCUUUAAGUGAUGGGGAUUCACCUCUCUCCUGGAGUGUGGCCUAUCUGGUGUCUGCCCCAGAGGUGAGAGCCUGCAGACAGGCCAAACCUCCCCUCUCCCUACCCCAAACUUCUCUGCCCUGCCUGGCUCCUCUCUUUGGGGCUCUUUGUCCUCCAGAGCAGGUACAAUGGGAUGUUGCAUCCCACUCUCCUCCUGACCUCUCGGGUGGGCAGAGUGUCCAAGGCUGUGGCCUGGAAGUCCUGCUGACAGGGGCAGGAGCCACAGGACCAUGCCUUGACAGUCAGGAGCAGGGCCAAGCCCUGCUUGGGUGGUUGUGUAGCCAGGGCAGGGCAGAGCAGGGAGCUUUGCUGUGGGAUCAGUCUCCCCUUUCCCUGGGCAGCUGCCUGUAGGGUCCAGGCAACGGGGCUGUCCUUCCCCAGUCAUGUCUGAUGGAUUAAUCCAAGGGUUGUGCUCCAAGCCCCCAGAAGCAGCCCAGAAGCUCCCAGCACUGCACCACCCGCUGUUCACCCAGCAGCAGCCUCUCCACCAGCACCAAAAGGCUAUUGUCCAUCCAUCAGUGGCCUGCACCCCACCCGGCCCCGGCGAUGCCCUCCAGCUGGUGCCCUCAGCCCAGAGCUGGGGCUUGCCAGCCUGGCUGCUCCUGGGCCAGGACAUGCUGGCACCUCGUCUGCCCCCUCCCCAGCCUUAGCAGGGUAGGGUUAUGGGGAGAGCUGGCAGCUCAGGGCCAGAGCUAGAGAACAGCAGAGGGAGACACAAGGGUGCUCUGCAUCCUCUGUCUUUGAUGCUCGGUCAUUAUCCCUGCAGUUUGUAUUCUGUAAAACUUGGUAUAUUUCUGUGCAAAAAAAAAAAAAAAAAGGUAUUUAUUAAAAAACCCUCACUGUCUGAGUGGCA